UAUUCAUAUACUUAGAGUAAACUACCGACGAGAAGCAACACCGGGGUUUCUUUUUUCUUUUUAAAAAAACACCUGUGAGCGACUGAUCCUCUACCUAAACCAGGAACGCGGCCACCGCUCCGAAAACCGCCGCAACAACCCCCGGCCGGCGGCCGGCCGCCAUGCCCGUCUUGGGAGGAAUCGAGGUGGGUGUGUCGGACGACACGAGCGAGGUGGGACAAGGCGUUCCCUCGUUCUCGGAGGGCACCCUCUUAGCGACGGGCUCCCUGAAGACGCACGUUGGCGGCUUCCCCGCGCCCGUCGACGUCGGCUGCGAGACGUCAGAUGAUGGCCGCGUCUGGAUCGUCCGCGUCCGCAUUGCUGUGGAUGAGACCGUUAUGGCCGGAGAGUGGGACGUGGUGGAUGGCGGGGGGGUUGACGACGAGGGGGACGGGGUGGCCGGAGGCGAGGAUGAGGAUGAGGAUGAGGAAGGGGAGGGUCUGUUGUUGUUUGGCGGGGUGAGGCAGCCAGCCUUCUUUGUCGGGCCGCAGGUCUGAGUGCUCUCGC